AAUACACAGUAGAGGUAUUUCAACAUAGUAGAGGACAUGUACCGGUAUAUAAAACCCGCGCCCUAUAGUCCGGUGCGCCUUAUGGUCGUGAAAAUACGGUAUAUUAGUCAUGGGUACCUGAUGAUGGCAUUGAAAUUAUUUCUAAGAGCAUUAAAAAGCAUUAGAUUACAGUUACUUAUUGAUUCCUGCAUGAGUAACUUAGAAUGAACGGAUGUCAACCAUCAGAUAACUGAGCUGGAACUGAUGGUCCACGGAUGGCAGACGCUGGAAUACGGAGGGACGUUUUGAAAAUUUCUCAAAGUACCUGCCAUAUGUCGACGUUGGCCAGCGUGUUCCAGCGUUCUUCAUCGUGCUCAUAACUUUUACCAAACAUAACUGAUCCAGUUUUUGCUAGAUUUUCCGUACGUCAGGCUUUAGCUGAAACACAGAGCUUGUUUCUCUGCAGAUUAGCUGAUUGACCUGGAAAGGCCAAACUGAUCGGAGGAAAUGGCAGUUUGUUUAAGCCAAAGCCUGACCUCGCCGUCACUAAACGUAUCUGUGUGUAACUGAUACCAACAUCUAUUCUAACCAAUCAGAACGAUGACAUGAACACCUGCAUGUCAUUCAGUAUUUUAUUGCAUUUCAAAGUUUAACCAUCUGAUGAAAAUAUUUUCAGACUCAAACUAAAAUAAUCGGACCGUAACUUUUAUAUAAACGCACUUUUUUCAAACAUUCUGAUUUUAUGUUUACAUGAAACAUUUUUAUUUGGCUCAUGUCUGCGUAGGCGGAGCUGCAGCUCAUAUCGGUUGGAUGUUAAUGCUGCAGUAGGCGUUGGUCCUGGAAUUGGUUCGGUCCUUGAAAGUGCUUGAUAUUUGACGUUAGCCGAGGUUUGGGAACAAUGUUUACAGUGCAGGCGCAGAGCAGGUCAGUUGGCUGCCUCCUGGGAUGCAGAUUAAUGCAAGAAUUAAACCAAAUCCUAGAGGAAUAGAUCAGUUUAGAUCCAAAAUUAAACUCUUUUAAUUUUAGGUUAAAGAUUGAGCAACACUGCCAUCUGGUGGUGCAAACGGGUUCCUGCCGUUUUAUAUUAGCAAUUUUAGAUCCGGAAGAUCUGUGGCUCUCAGUGUUUCAGUGUUUGUGUUUCAGUAAAUCAUUUAAGCUGUGAGACGUCUGGAUGCUUUGAAUAGACCAAAUGUUUCAGAUCCUUCCUCUCCUUCAGCGUUUGUUGUUUCCUGUGUCUGCAGAUGCAUCAGAACAGGAUGCAGCUGCUGCAGCUACAUCAGCAGCAGCAGCAGCAGGCCCAGGCUCAGGCUCAAGCCCAGGCCCAGGCCCAGGCCCAAGCCCAGGCCCAGGCCCAGGCUCAGGCCCAGGCUCAGGUCCAGGUCCAGGUUCAGUCCAUGCAGCAGAUGGUGCAGCAGCAGCAGCAGCAGCAGCAGGUUCAGUCUGGACAGAUGCCUCCACACUCCCAGCAGCAGGCUGGGAUGGUGCCUCAGUCUCUGGCCGGUCAGAUGACGGCUCAGUCUGUUCCCAUCAACUCUCUGAGCCAGCAGCAGCAGCAGCACCUGAAGAUGCAGGCCUUCCAGGCUCGUGCAAUGCCGCUGCAGCAGGCCCAGCAGGCUGCGACUCAGGCGCAGCUGAAUGCAGCCGCCGCUGCGGCCGCAGCAGCCGCCGUACCUGGACAGAUGAUCCGUGCUUCCAUGCAGAGUCUGUCUCGACCUCCUCGGCCUCCUCUGAACUCCCCCAUCCCUCCCCCUAACAAUGCCCCCGGGGUCGGAGGUCAGAUGAUGACCCAGCAGGGUCAGCAGCAUCCCAUGAUGUCAUCGCCCUCACCUGUGCAGGUAGCCCCACCUCAGAUGCUGCCUCCCCCCCAGCCCUCUCCACAGCCCCCCUCCUCCCAGCCCAACUCAGUCAGCUCCGGUCCAACGCCGUCUCCAGGGGGCUUCCAGCCCAGCCCGUCCCCUCAGCCCUCCCCCAGCCCUGUCACCUCCAGAACCCCCCAGCAGAACCAUGGCGUGGCCUCCCCCGGACCCCUGAACACUCCAGUUAACCCUGCCUCAGCCAUGAGUCCAGCUGGAGCCACGUCCCUGGAGGAGCAGCAGUACAUGGAGAAACUGAAGCAGCUGUCCAAAUACAUCGAGCCGCUGCGCCGCAUGAUCAACAAGAUCGACAAGAACGAAGACAGGAAAAAGGACCUGAGCAAGAUGAAGAGUCUGCUGAACAUCCUGACCGACCCCAACAUCAGGUGUCCCCUGAAGACGCUGCAGAAAUGUGAAAUCGCUUUGGAGAAACUGAAGAACGACAUGGCCGUGCCCACCCCUCCCCCUCCUCCAGUGCCCACCAAGCAGCAGUAUCUGUGUCAGCCGCUGCUGGACGCAGUCAUGGCCAACAUCCGCUCUCCGGUCUUCAACCACUCCUUGUACCGGACCUUCGCUCCGGCCAUGAGCGCCAUCCACGGACCGCCCAUCACGGGGCCUAAUAUCUGCGGGAGGAAGAGGAAGCAUGAGGAAGACGAGCGGCAGACCAUCCCAGACAUCCUGCAGGGGGAGGUGGCGCGCCUCGACAUCAAGUUCCUGGUUAAUCUGGACCCGUCCUUCUGCAGCAACAACGGCACGGUGCACCUGAUCUGCAAGUUAGACGAUAAAAACCUUCCCAGCGUUCCUCCUCUGCAGCUCAGCGUUCCCGCCGACUAUCCGGACCAGAGUCCCCACUGGGCCGACGAUGGCGAUCAGUACGGUGCAAACGGCUUCCUGCAGACGGUCCACAGGAACAUGACCUCCAAGCUGCUGCAGCUCCCCGACAAACACUCUGUGACGGAGCUGCUCAACACCUGGGCCCAGAGCGUCCGACAGGCCUGCCUUUCUGCUGCCUGAAGCCCCGCCCACCGGAGCCCACCUGCCUCAGUCCCCGACACUAAAGCCCCGCCCAACCGAGUCCUGGAAGGAUGACUGGCUGCUGCUCAUCGCAGAUGUUUCUCCACGACGCACCGUCCGUCGUUUUUCUGUCACAGACGUUUAAAAAGUGAACAGUAUGAGUGAAGAUUUAUCCUAUAAAUGUUUCUUUUUUAUGAAUAAAAUCAGUUCCAGCAUGAAGCCAAACGUCGUUCUUCUUCUCUGGUUCCUCAGUGUUCAGUUCAGACGGGUUUAUAAAGCAGAGCAGGGAGAGAAAGAAAGGAGACCUUAAGGCUGAAGUUGUUGAGCUGCUAAGCAGGAUUUUCCCUGACCAGCCUGAAAAGAUGGAAGAUGCCACUGAUGUAGUUCGUAGAGGGGAGACCUGCAGAAAACAAAUAAUAAUCCUGUUUGCUAAAGGAAAUGUAAGAGAUGAAGCAAACUAAAGCAUCAAGGAUCUGCAAAGAAGAAGGGAUUCGGUUUGCAGAGGAUCUGACCCAGGAGGACUGGAAACCCAGGCGGGCACUGCGGCCAAGAAUGGAGAAGGCAAGGGAGGAGGGUAAGGCUGCGGAGGGUAAGGCUGCGGGAUUCAGAGGAUCCCUGCCUACAUCCAAGGAAAGCGUAUUACAGGCUGAAGUGUUAUCAGUAUGAGAGGUUUGAUCAUCAGAUGGAGAAAUUU